AGCUAUGGUGGCCGAGUUAUCAAGUUUUGUCAAAAUGCACAUUCAUUUUGACGUUUUAUCAUAAUAUAACAAAUUUAUCUGCAAUAUGACAAUGUCUGAAGAAAGAGCUAAGCACUUAGAGCUUGCCGGAGUCGUCAAAAGUGUGCACGCCCACCUGAGAAGAGAAUAUAAGCGAAGAAAAGAUGAUGUGAAUGAUCUUUGGAAGGAACACACAGAGAAGACACACAUCCUCAAGGAUUAUGCAUCAGCGAUGCAUAAGCUAGCGACAAAUCAUUGGGAAAAAAGUGAUGGGACUCGUAUAGACUGGUGUCGUGAUAUGUGUCUAGAGUAUUUCUAUGGUGGACUCCUGAAAACUGUCUUGGAAAAGGAGAAACGAAGAGCUCUGUAUCGAACAGAUAGAACAGGUCAUCAAGGACAGGGCAACAGUGUUCAAGACCUCCCGGUAGAAACUGUGGAAACAGGAGAUGGAGAUACGCGAUUGACUCCUGGUCUGGAACAUAUUGCUGAUUGGUCUUCAAUUGAAAGAGACGAUUUGCCCGAUGGUUGUGUGUCGCAGCGGGAAGGUUGUCCCGACGGUUCUGUUAAUGAAAGGGAUGGAUGUCCUGAUGGAUCUGCGAAUGAACGCCCGAUGCCAGAUGGGUCAGUGAACUAUCGAGAUGGUCAGACUCAAACGUUGCCAAAUAUAUCGGGGCUGCAGAGCUCAAGGAAAUGUGUCGAGUUACCAUUUGAAGGCCCCAUAUUCCUCCUAGAUGUUGGUAGUUGUUACAACCCAUUUCAACAUUUUGAAGAAUUCUGUGUUACUGCACUGGACUUGCAUCCAGCCACAGAGAGUGUGCUCCAAUGUGAUUUCUUGGAUUGUGGUGUAUUGGACAGGCUCCUGGACACAUCUGGAAUAGCGAAAGACAUUAGUGGUUGCCAUAGCAAUGGCACUUCUGGUAUCCAAGGUGAUAGUGCUACUGGGGGUAACCAAAGGAACGGUGCAGUGGGUUGCCCUAGUGAUAGUGAUACAGACUGUGAUUUUCACCCCCGGAUGCUGAAAAGCCCAGUGACUCAGUUGCUGAGAAUGUCCUACGAUGUUGUUGUCUUCUCAUUACUGUUAGAGUAUUUACCAUGCUGUAAGCAGCGCUUCACAUGCUGCCAAAAAGCCUGGGAUUUGCUACGUUUAAAUGGCCUCUUUCUUGUGAUUACACCUGAUUCUCAUCGGCAACAUCGCAACGCUGGGAUGAUUAAAAGUUGGAAGCAGUGUUUAGAAGGGAUUGGUUUUCAGUGCAUUCGCUACCUCAAACAGGAACACAUUCAUUGUAUGGCAUUUAGACGGUUGGAGUAUGGUUCAGAGCGAAGAGAGCAGCCUGAUAUGCUCUAUAUUCCACAAGAUUUCCAUGGCGAUGCGGAGGAGAUGGAGGGGCAGACAUCUAUUCAGUAUGAUCCUGAUGACAUUGCCAGAGACUAUUUGCAGCUGCCAAACUUUACUCCUUUAUGAGAAAGAUAACACCUCAUUAAAAUAUCAAUACUGCCCAUUAUAUUUUAUGUCAGCUUUUCUGAUCAGUCUUUUGAAAUGAGAUAUUUGUUAGCGGAGGGUUCUACUGCUGUGUUCAUUAUUACCAUACUAAAGCUAUGUGAAAAUAAACCAUUAUGUUAUAU